AUGAAUGAUAUUGAUCCUCCUGUGGGAUUACAAGUUAAUCCUCUUGAAACGGAACCAGAGGUGGAGGGAGUGCGGUCUACGGGACGCUUUGGGGCGUCGCAAUACGCCAGCGAGUUUGCCAAAAACAAGCCCAAUAACGGUCUGGCAAACAGUACAAAUGAUGCGUUAGUGACAAAACGACGUUCGUUCGUCCCUCUCGUGCACCGCGCCAAGGAACAGAGACAGACGCUUGACGAGCACGACGGGAAACAAGACAGGUUAUUAUCUCCCAACGAGCCAAAACAUGUCAGAAAACCUCUGAUAUUUUCCACACGUCCGCGGGUAUUCACAGGAGACUUGAAACGAAAAUUAGUUACUGAAGAUUUCUUGUUUUUGUCUGACUGCGUUGCGUGA